AUGGACCAGUUUAAACCUCCAGCACCGCUAGUGCUAACCGGCAACAUCAGCGAGAAUUGGCGCCGAUGGGAGCAACGGUUUCGGCUGUACAUGACGGCUACGGGAGCGGACACGAAACCUGAACCGGUGAAAGUGGCAAUCAUGCUGCAUACGGUCGGCGAGGAAGCGCUCGAGAUCUACAACACAAUGGACGUGUUCGUCGAAGCGGGUGAGGAUGGACAGCCCGGUGAGCUAACGGUGAAGCACAUAUUGGAUGCCUUCAGAAAGUAUUGCAUUCCGAAAAAGAACAUUGUAUUCGAGCGCCAUCAGUUCUGGUCACUACCGAUGUCUGAGGGAGUCAACGUAGACCAGUUCGUGACUGAACUUCGCCAAAAAUGUAAGAACUGUGAAUUUGGACAAACUGAGAAUGACAUGAUAAGAGACAAGCUAGUGUUUUCUGUGCCAGACGUUCGAGUGAAGGAGCGAUUACUGCGUGAAACGGACUUAACUCUGGAUAAAGCUGUUGAUAUCUGUAGAGCGGCCGAAGUUACCAGAUCACAGAUGCGAGCCAUGAGAUCGGCGCAGCCAGAGGCAUCCGUAGAGGCUCUUCACAAGGUGUCUGCCAGCUACGACAAGGGGAGAGUCGCCACGAAAAAAAUGUCACGACCACCUGAGCGGAAGACACAGGCAGCACACAGAAAUGUCAACAACACGUGCAGAAAGUGCGGCGGGGCGCACAAACCUCGUCAGUGUCCAGCAUUCGGUGUCAUCUGCCACAACUGCAACAAGAAGAACCACUACGCGAAGAUGUGUGCGUCAACACAAGACAGAGGAGCCACUGCCCGGGGCGUACACGAUCUUGAGGUAGAGUCACUGUUCAUAUCUACAAUGUCCUGUACUCAACCCAAACGCACUCAACAAGAUAAUUCGUGGUACACAACAGCCAACAUAAAAGACACAGAGGUCAAGUUUAAAUUGGACACUGGGGCAGAUGCAAAUGUGCUACCUCUGAGCAUUUUGCAGAAGAUUCCGGGUCCUCAUCAGCUGCAACCCACACACAUCACACUCGUCGCCUAUGGAGGAACACGUCUGAAGCCGGAGGGCACCGUGAGACUUACCUGCGAUGUGGCCAGAACGACGACAGAUCUUCUGUUCUUCAUCACCAAGCACUCCUCCACUCCGAUCCUGGGCCGAGACGCAUGUGAACAGCUGCAGCUGGUGAAAAGAAUGCAGACCAUCGCACUCAAAGCGCCAGCCACGAAAGAGGAGCUAGUGGACGCCUACCCCUCCGUCUUCAGUGGGCUGGGACAGUUUCCUGGGGUGCACCACAUCCACACAGACCCACAUGUGGCCCCAGUUGUGCACGGCUGCAGAAAAAUCCCCAUCGCUGUCAUGGACCGUCUGAAAACGACGCUACAAGACCUCGUCGAAAGAGAUGUCAUCGCACCAGUGACGGAGCCCACAGAAUGGGUAAAUAGCCUUGUCAUCACAGAGAAGAAAAACGGGACACUCAGGGUGUGCUUGGACCCUCGAGACCUGAAUGAGGCGAUCAAGAGACAGCACUUCUCAAUACCAACCCCAGAAGAAGUACUACACCGGCUGUCAGGGAAAACCAUCUUCUCCAUCCUAGACGAAAAGGACGGAUACUGGCAAGUGAGUCUGGACCAGCCCUCAUCGAUGCUCUGCACAUUCAGCACACCGUGGGGCAGGUUCCGCUUUAAGAGACUUCCUUUUGGCAUCAAGUCCGCCAGCGAGGUUUUCCAGCAAAAGAACUGUGAGACAUUCGGCAACAUUGAAGGAGUGCACAUCAUUGCAGACGACAUGAUCAUCGCCGCUGCGUCUGAAGAAGAGCAUGAUGCCAUUCUACAAAAAGUAAUGGACACUGCACAGAAAAACAACAUCAAAUUCAACAAAGACAAAAUACAGUACAAAGUGGACUCAGUCAAAUACAUGGGCCAUGUAGUCACCACGAAGGGAGUGAAGCCGGACGAGUCCAAGGUGUUCGCCAUCAGAGACAUGCCGCAGCCAGACGACAAGAAAGCACUACAGAGACUGCUGGGAAUGACAAGGUACCUCUGCCAAUACAUCCCAAAUGAAGCCAGCAUCACAAGCCCACUCAGAGAGCUGCUACGAAAGGACGCUGCCUGGCACUGGAGCCACCAACACACCGCUGCAUUGGAGAAGCUCAAGACCGCCCUCAUGCAAGCCCCAGUACUCCAGUUCUACGACCAGAGCAAGCCACUCACCAUACAGUGCGACGCAUCGAAAGACGGACUCGGCGCCUGUCUGCUGCAGGAAGCCCCUAGAAGUCAUCUUCAAAAAACACCUGAGCAAGGCACCAGCACGACUCCAGCGCAUGCUAUUGCAGCUCCAACGCUAUGACCUGAGAAUCGUCUACACAGCAGGCAAGGAGAUGCACGUCGCAGAUACCCUGUCCCGCGCUGUUGUCAGUGACUGCAAGGAUGACGUGAAGG